AUGGAUCGUCACUGCUCCCACCAGUCGCCCUACCAACCAUCUGCUGGCCAAGUAUACCUGGAUUACUCACGUUUGGACCGGGGAGACGAUUGUACGGACGAGCGAUUAAGAGCGCUCGAGUUGAGCGUACGACAUUUGUCGGCAUCCGAACUCGAAGAACAUCGCAAACGCAAAGCUUGUUUUCAAAAAGAAGCAAACGACCAAUGGGUCAAGAUUGAAGAGAUGCACAUGGUGGAACAACGCGCUUUCGCAGCGUUGCAUCAGUGCAAAUUCCCUCCCGCAAAGGCAAAUAACGGGAAGGACAACACCCAUCGACAGCUGUCCGGAGUAGUUCGCCAACAUUCGCAACCAAACUCUAGACCAUGUCCCCUGAACUUCGCAAACGAAGAACACGAGCAGCAACAGAGUCCAAGAACGCGGCACGAUCAGCGUGGGUAUCUCGAAUUUGAGAUUGCUGACCAGAAAAGGAGAUUGGCAAGGAUGGGUCUUGGUGGCCAACAAUCCGAUGGCGAGUGUUCAAUAUCACAAGCAGCACUCCCGCUUCGUAUGAUAGACCCCAAGAGCCACCUUUCUCCACGAACUUGCGCUCCCAAGGGGAAACAUGCUCAGCAGAUGCAGGAGCAAUCGAAAGCUCAAGAGCAGCAGAGCGAGACUCCACCUUCCGGUUCAUGGGUACAUGAGCGUAUCAGUCAUAUCUUAUUAGAUGCUCAAGCUAGGCACGACGCCGGACAGCGAAACCUCGCUCAACAGAAGCGCGAGGAACAGAAGGUGCAGCUUCCUGCUGCAGAGCCUGGAAAUCUACACCCAGGACCCUCAAGGAUGUCUGGCAUCCAGCCACCAGUUCACACCGUGCACCAGGACGACGUAGAGCAGAAUGUAAUGUCUGAACUGGCACUUUCAGUGCAUCUCAGGUCUAAAAUGGCUUCGCAAGAAGCAUACCGCAAGUAUAAAGAAGAGAAAGACCGAAAGAAGGAGGAGGAGGAGCGCAAGGCUGCCGUGUCGGUUCCAAGGUCUGAGGCUACAAGGACCGGAUCUGUCAAGCAAAUUCUUGCUAGUGUCAAAAACCCCCUGGAGCAGAAGGUUGAAGCUGCGAUGGUUGAGGCGGCUAAGACAGAAAUCCUACAAAAUGAGGGUCUUCGGGAUCAGUCGCAGCAGUCGCAAAAGGGCUCAGAAAAAGCUUACGAAACCGCUAUCAAAUACGGAGAAAGCUUUUGGUAUAAGUAUGAUAAGAGUUACCCGAUACCUAGACAAUCAAAUGACCAUCCAACAAGCGCUGAUGAGUCGGCACGCCACAGUAGAAUUUCCCAGAGAGAAGUACCACUUUAUUCGUCUCGAACAAAUGACCUCCGCGCUGCAAUUGAGGCAAUCGACAAAACUUCCGGUGACCUCUUAGAAAGCCCCAAGAGGGCUUCUGGUCAGAAUGAACCGCCACUUCUCUUCGAACCUUCAACUGCCUCCAUCUCGCGGAACAGGGAAAAGUGUAUAGUUAAUGCUGCAGAUCUCUCCCUUCUCACUUUAAAAUAUCCGUCAUUCAAGGAAUUCAGACAGCCUGUGUCCCCGUGGCCCAUUCCGCCAGGAGAGCAGACGGACACGAGCUCCGAAUCGAGAGAGGAUAAAGCAAAUGUUGAAGAUGCGGUGGAAGCUGCACCGCUGGCAGAUGUAGAUAUACAAUUGGAGUGGGAAGAGAUGGAUGACAGUCUUGGAAACGAAGGGUGGAGUGAUGUCGAGCAAGACUUUGUGGACAGUAUGUGGACGGGAAGUUCGAGCUCAUCGGAUGUGGAGUGGGCUUCCGAUGUUGCGUCUGAGGGUGCGUUUGAUUUAUGA